AUGCUGAUUAAGAGGUGCGCUUCGUCGAUGCGUAGGCGAGACACGCCAGUCGCGGGCCGAAAUACCUCGGUUGAAGUCGUACCAAGUGUCAUCCGUUGGUUGGACCGAGGAAAUCGACGGCCGCCAACGCUUCUUCAUCGCACUUUGGCUCAUAGGAAACAAACAAAAACCGCCGCAGGAUUUGGAGUGCACAGGAAGAAAAGCCGACGAGGCAUGGGGACUGUUCUACGAAUUUUGCACCAUACAACUGGUCGUACAUCGCCUUCAGCGCCCCGAACAUCUGAUGUGAGGCCAGCAGAAAGCUUCGCUUUGGACGUCAUCGCCCUGCCAGGAAACAAAAACCAAGGAAACAUCCACAAGCGCAAAACAAACGACGGCCACCUACUUGUUUCCUAUGAGCCAAAAAGCGUUGGCGGCCGUCGAUUUCCUCGGUCCAACCAACGGAUGACACUUGGUACGACUUCAACCGAGGUAUUUCGGCCCGCGACUGGCGUGUCUCGCCUACGCAUCGACGAAGCGCACCUCUUAAUCAGCAUUAUUAACUUGUUACGCCGCCAACGUAGCUGCAACGGAUGGCAGAAAAAGAACACGUUUUAUAAGGAAGCUGGAGGAGGGCUAACGAAGAAGAGGCGUUCGUACUACAAGAUACUUUGUUGUGAGGACUUCAAACGCAGUCAAUCCACGAGAAAGCCGGCGACAGCGCGCAUGACCACACGAAGCGGAGAUACAACACGAAAACGGAGACCGUUUGAUCGACUUCCUAGAACAGAUGCAACCUCUUCCACGGAAACAGCCUCUUUCAUGAAAAACGUGGGGCGAGAUGACAUGGCAUUUACUUCAAACAGACUGGAAAGGCAGCUGGACGACUAUCAACCAAGUGGAGCAGGCGCGGGUUCCGCAAGGGCUUUCUGUUGUAUGCGACACAUUCCACACCGUCACGGCAAGCUGAUCGAGCGGACCAAGGAAAAUACUGAGCAGCACUCCUUCUCUGCUCACGACUAUGCCGAAGGGCAUCGACAGUGUGGACGAGCUCAACUCUGUCUGGAACGCAUGUACACCAUGGUUCAGGCGUCGACCGUGCUACAUCAACCUGCUGGAACAGGCAACACGCGACACAUUCACCACCAUCUUGCGCUUCAUUUGGAUUUGGAACCGGGCGUAAAGAAUCACAUCCUCUGCACCUUACCUGAGCUGUACUGUGACUUCAACGACAUCAUUCUGGAGACGAUAAACUUCCAAAUUGACGCCGAGAAACUCGAGUACAGUUUGUAA